GACACAGUAUUUUACCAGUUAUUUCAGAGAUAUGAUUGGCAUGAUUGGUAGGCAUUAUUGUCAGUGCAUCAUCAAAGCCAUGGUCAUUCCUGGAUGUACUAUCACUGCACCAAGCUGUGGAAACUUCAUAACGUCACUACAUGCAAAACAGCAAUGGCUUUAGUUUGGGGAUGUGCUUAUAAUAACAGUCUCUAUCACAUUGCUAUGAGGCUGACAGUUACAGGUAAAGGCAUGCAAGGUAGGCAAGACAUAUUCUUUCACAAUAUUCAUUCAUGAUAAGAUAAGUUGUGUAUAUUUUCACUUAUUCAAUGUUCAGAGUUGUGUGAGCUUAUGUGGACCUGAAGGAGGAAGGUCAAGAAUGGAGGAACUGCAUUCUUAUUUAUAAAAUAUCCAGUAUAGACUUAGGAGCGAUGGAGACAGAUACAACUAACAACCAAACAGCAGAUAAUGACUUGGUGGAUGAAUUGUCUGAUGACAUGAAAAAAAUUUUUUUGGUCAGUAAAAGGUCUUUCAAAGUCUUCUCCAGACCUAAACUUCAAGCCACAAAAAGCUUUCCUCCAUACAGUCAGUGCAUCGGGGGACUGGGACAAGAUACAGAAAUGGACGUAGAACCUUCUAUUGAACAACAAAAUGUACAAGAAAAUGCUGCUGUUAAAAUUGAUGAAACCAAAGACAAUGGGAUUGAGUUGACAGCUAGAUGUACUAGCCCUGAAUUAAAGGAAAAAAGGAGGUUGAAGAGAAAGGAUAGGUUGGGGGGAAGUUGUGAAAUGUGUCUUGAUGAAUGGGAAAAUAUAAAAUGUCUGAGGAGAGGACAAACAGAAAAACUUGGACAUGGCAUCAAUGAGGACAAAACUUUAAAUGGAGAAAUGGAAAAGUAUCAAGAUGGCAAGAUGGUGGGUAAAAAAAAAACAGAAAUGUGCAAUAGAAAUGAAGACAUAGGGGAGCAGUCUCAUCAGCGGUCAUCUCCACACCCCAUCCUGUCCAAACUGCUGCACUCAUCCACGUCUUCCUCCUGCUCCUCCAUCUGUGCCUCGUCUGGAGAGAGUGAUGAGGUCUUCAGUGAAGGAGAGGGUGCUGUGUCCAAGAGGAAAACAUUUAAGAAGAGUCGAUCCUGGAAAACCUUUUUGACCAUGAUGCACUGGUCACUGAAGAGACAGAGUUCCUGGGUCCAGCUGGCUGGACAUCAAGGAAACUUUCAGCUGAGUGAUGGGGGUGAGGUGCUCAAGUUGUACAGUGAAGUUGAGGCUACCUGUCUGGACAUUUUAAUGAAAGACCCUUUGAGACCCUUUGUGCCACAGUAUUAUGGCUUGGUGACCAGAGGAGAGCUCUGCUACAUUCGCCUGGAAGACCUGCUGAGUGGUCUCAGGAGGCCAGUUAUUAUGGAUUGUAAGAUGGGAGUCAGAACCUACCAGGAGGAAGAAGUAAUGAAAGCACAAACCAGACCACAGCUGCGUAAUGACAUGUAUCAGAAGAUGGUCAAAGUGGAUCCUUCAGCACUGUCAUCAGAGGAGCAUGCUCAGAUGGGAGUGACCAAGUGGAGGUACCUUCACUGGAGGGACACUACCAGCUCCACCUCUACCCUGGGCUUUCGUAUUGAGGGCAUUAUGAUGGAGGAUGGAAAUAUUCGACGAGACUUCAAAAACAUUUUGACAUUAACUCAAGUAACGGAGACGCUUCUUUUCUUUACCAGAAACCAGUUGAAUGUCCUGAAAGCAUAUCAUUCAAGACUCCUGGCCCUAGAUGAUGCUUUGAAGUGUUCACCAUUUUUUAGAAAACAUGAGGUGAUUGGAAGCUCUCUGCUGUUUGUUCAUGACCACAGCAAUAAGGCCAGUGUUUGGAUGAUAGAUUUUGGAAAACCACGCCUAUUCCAGAGAUAAGUGAGCUUAAACAUAAUGUGCCAUGGACCCAAGGCAGCAGGGAGGAUGGUUACCUCCUGGGCCUCACUUCCCUCAUCACUUCACUGAGCCAGGCCAUAA